CCCCCCCCAAUCUCCCCUCUUCCAGAUUGUACACAAGACAAAACCCCGCUGCUUGGAUUGCGCUUUCGGUUUCUGCGUCCUAAUACCCUCACCUCACAACAGCCACCCAUCAUGUUGCGCGGUUCCAUCCGGGCCCUGCAGACCGCAGGCGCCUCAAAACGAUGCUAUUCCCAGGUCGCCCAGACCACCAGGGCCACCCUCAAGCCCGCCGUUGGCCGCCGUCCCCUGGCCGUCUCCCAGCAGAGGCGCCAUGAGAGCGCCCUCCACAGCCCUCCCGACCCCAACGACAACUUCCUCUCGGGCAGCGCCGCCAACUAUAUCGACGAGAUGUACCUCCAGUGGAAGCAGGACCCCAAGAGCGUCCACGUCUCGUGGCAGGUCUACUUCAAGAACAUGGAGAGCGGCAACAUGCCCAUCUCCCAGGCCUUCCAGCCUCCUCCCAGCCUGGUUCCCGGUGCCGCCAACGUGGUGCCCGCGAUCGCUGCCGGCGCCGGCGUCGGCAUUGGCGAGGGUGCCAACGUCACCAACCACUUGAAGGUCCAGCUCCUCGUCCGCGCCUACCAGGCCCGUGGUCACCACAAGGCCAACAUUGACCCUCUGGGCAUCCGCAACACCCCUGCCUCCAAGGGCUUCGGCAACAUCAGGCCCAAGGAGCUCACCCCCGAAUACUACGGCUUCACCGAGAAGGACCUCGACACCGAGUACAGCCUCGGCCCCGGCAUCCUCCCCCGUUUCGCCCGCGAUGGCCGCGAGAAGAUGACGCUCCGCGAGAUCAUCGAUGCCUGCGAGAAGAUCUACUGCGGCUCCUAUGGUGUCGAGUUCAUCCACAUCCCCGACAGGGAGAAGUGCGACUGGCUCCGUGAGCGUCUCGAGAUCCCCCAGCCUUUCAAGUACUCGAUCGAUGAGAAGCGCCGCAUCCUCGACCGCCUCAUCUGGUCCUCCAGCUUCGAGUCCUUCCUCGCCACCAAGUACCCCAACGACAAGCGUUUCGGUCUUGAGGGUUGCGAGACCCUUGUUCCUGGUAUGAAGGCCCUCAUCGACCGCUCCGUUGACUAUGGCGUCAAGGACAUCGUCAUUGGUAUGCCCCAUCGUGGCCGUCUCAACGUCCUCUCCAACGUCGUCCGCAAGCCCAACGAGGCCAUCUUUUCCGAAUUCGCCGGCAUGGCCGGUGCCGAUGAGGAGGGUUCCGGUGAUGUCAAGUACCACUUGGGUAUGAACUUCGAGCGCCCUACCCCCUCGGGCAAGCGCGUCCAGCUCUCCCUCGUUGCCAACCCCUCCCAUCUCGAGGCUGAGGACCCCGUCGUUCUCGGCAAGGUCCGCGCCAUCCAGCACUACAACAACGACGAGAGUGACCACAAGAGCGCCAUGGGUGUCCUCCUCCACGGUGACGCCGCCAUCGCUGGUCAGGGUAUCGUCUACGAGUGCUUGGGCUUCCACAACCUCCCCGCCUUCUCUACCGGUGGUACCAUCCACUUGGUCGUCAACAACCAGAUCGGUUUCACCACCGACCCCCGUUUUGCCCGCUCCACUGCCUACUGCACGGAUAUCGCAAAGGCCAUUGACGCCCCUGUCUUCCACGUCAACGCUGACGAUGUCGAGGCUGUCAACUUUGUCUGCCAGCUCGCUUCUGACUGGCGUGCCGAGUUCAAGCAGGACGUUAUCAUCGACCUUGUCUGCUACCGCAAGCACGGUCACAACGAGACCGACCAGCCUGCCUUUACCCAGCCCCUCAUGUACAAGCGCAUCAGCGAAAAGAGCCCUCAGAUCGACAUCUACGUUGACCAGCUCCUCAAGGAGGGCACCUUCACCAAGGAGGACAUCGAGGAGCACAAGCAGUGGGUCUGGGGCAUGCUCGAGGAGAGCUUCUCCAAGUCCAAGGACUACCAGCCCACUUCCAAGGAGUGGACCACCAGCGCCUGGAACAACUUCAAGAGCCCCAAGGAGCUUGCUAGCGAGGUUCUCCCCCACAUGCCUACUGCGGUUGAUAAGCCGACCCUUGAGCACAUUGGUACCGUCAUUGGCAGCACUCCCGAGGGCUUCCAUGCCCACCGCAACCUGAAGCGUAUCCUGACCAACCGCACCAAGUCCGUUGUGGAGGGCAAGGGCAUCGACUGGGCUACCGCUGAGGCUCUUGCCUUUGGUACCCUCGUCAAGGAGGGCCACCACGUCCGUAUCACCGGUCAGGAUGUCGAGCGUGGUACCUUCUCUCAGCGCCACGCCGUCUUCCACGACCAGGAGACUGAGGACACCUACAUUCCUCUCCAGCAUAUCAGCGAGGACCAGGCCCCCUUCGUCAUCUCCAACUCUUCCCUCUCCGAGUAUGGUAUCCUCGGUUUUGAGUACGGUUACUCUCUCCAGGACCCCAACGGCUUCAACAUGUGGGAGGCCCAGUUCGGUGAUUUCGCCAACACUGCUCAGGUCAUCAUUGAUCAGUUCCUUGCCUCUGGUGAGAGCAAGUGGAUGCAGCGUACCGGUCUCGUCAUGUCUCUCCCCCACGGUUAUGACGGCCAGGGUCCCGAGCACUCUUCCGCUCGUAUGGAGCGUUUCCUCUCGCUUUGCAACGAGGAUCCUCGCAUCUACCCCUCCCCCGAGAAGCUUGAGCGUCAGCACCAGGACUGCAACAUGCAGAUUGCCUACAUGACCUCCCCUGCCAACCUCUUCCACAUUCUCCGUCGCCAGCUGAAGAGACAAUUCCGCAAGCCUCUCGUUAUCUUCUUCUCCAAGGCGCUCUUGCGUCACCCCGUUGCUCGUUCCGACAUCGAAGAGUUCACUGACGACGCUCACUUCCGCUGGAUCCUUCCCGACUCUGCUCACCAGACUGGUGAGAUCAAGGCCCCUGAGGAGAUUGAGCGUGUCAUUCUCUGCACUGGUCAGGUCUAUGCCGCUCUCCUCAAGCACCGCCAGGACAACAAGAUCGACAACGUCGCCUUCACUCGUAUCGAGCAGCUCCACCCCUUCCCCUGGGAGCAGCUCCGUGAGAACCUCGACCAGUACCCCAACGCCAAGACCAUCGUCUGGGCCCAGGAGGAGCCCCUCAACGCUGGUGCCUGGUCUUACACCCAGCCUCGCCUUGAGACUCUUCUCAACCACACCAAGCACCAUGACCGCAAGCACGUCAUGUACGCUGGUCGUGCUCCCAGCGCUUCUGUCGCUACUGGCAAGAAGUCUUCUCACCUCAAGGAGGAGAAGGAGCUUCUCGAGAUGGCUUUCUCUGUUACCCAGAGCAAGCUCAAGGGCGAGUAAAGGGUGUGCCAGAAGAGAUAGCGAUGAUGAAGAAAGCAAAGCAAAAAGGAAGCAGCAAAAGUCGAACAACCACCAACACGGCGGAGACCUAGGUCUGUGUAUUAUGGAUGCGCGUGCAUAAGGACGGGAUUUCGGGGCGGAUAGAGAGUGUUCAUUGGUUUUGGGAUGGGAAGGUGUUAUUCCUUUGUUCUUCCUCUUCCCUUCACUGACGAAUACUACAUGGUGUUUUUCUCUUGUUCAUAAUUGUAUCUGUAUUCGGUUCCUGUUCACUGCAUACCUGGGUUGUUGGGUUUUUGGAAAUAAUGAAUGGAUGUGAUACCAAAUAUUUACUCUCCUUGCACAACAAUACAUUCAUUCGAUGAUUGUUCAAG